UCAUUUGAUCUUGUUUUGUUUCUAUCAUCUUUGUUCUUGUUAGAAACCCUUUUUUUUUUCUUUUUGGGUCACAAUGGAGUUCGGAGAUGAUAUGAGUCUUUACCUUAGAGACACAUGGAGAGAAGCAAACACAAUCUGCGGCGUCCUGCCCAUGAAUCCGAGCUCAAGCGGGAUAUGGCCAUCCACUAAGCUCCAAGAUCCUAAAGCCAACAUUGAGUUCUGGAACUACAUGUUUCCACAUGUUGAGAUCAUUUUCCUCAUCGUCACCGUGCUAUGGCAAUUCUUCCAUUUCUUCUUCAAACGUCUUGGCAUGAUUCGUUUCACUUCCCACAUGCUUACAGGAAUUCUUCUCAGCAAGUCGUUUAUGAAAGAGAAUACACCCGCGAGGAAUUUCUUUUCGACAGAAGACUACAAAGACACACUGUUUGGUCUGGUUGGUGCGUGUUCUUACAUGAUGUUCUGGUUCUUGAUGGGAGUUAAAAUGGACUUGAGUCUAGUCCGCAACACAGGGAAGAAAGCCAUCACCAUCGGCCUCUCCUCUGUGUUGCUCUCUAUAACGGUUUGCUCCUUCAUCUUCUUCGUCAUCUUAAGAGAUGUAGGAACCAAAAAGGGAGAACCGGUUGUGAAUUUCUUCGAAAUCAUCUUCAUCUACUCCAUCCAAUGCCUUUCGUCCUUUCCUGUAAUCGGAAACCUUCUUUUCGAGCUGAGGCUUCAGAACUCAGAGCUUGGUCGUCUCGCUAUGUCAUCUGCUGUGAUCAGUGACUUCAGCACCUCGGUCCUCUCUGCGGUUCUCGUCUUCUUAAAGGAACUCAGGGAAGAGAAAACUCGGCUUGGUUCCAUAUUCAUCGGAGAUGUUGUUGUCGGAAACCGUCCUUUGAAGCGUGCAGGGACAGUGGUGGUCUUUGUUUGUUUCGCCAUAUACGUUUUCAGGCCACUGAUGUUCGUUAUCAUCAACAGAACACCUUCUGGUCGUCCCGUGAAGAAAUUCUAUAUAUAUUUGAUCAUCAUUCUUGUGUUUGGAUCAGCCGUUCUUGCGGAUUGGUGCAAGCAAUCUAUUUUCAUCGGACCUUUUAUUCUAGGCCUAGCGGUUCCGCACGGACCGCCUUUGGGAUCUGCCAUCGUCCAGAAGUUCGAGUCCGCGGUUUUCGGCACAUUCCUUCCCUUCUUCGUGGCUACAUCCGCCGAAGAGUUUGAUACUUCUAUGUUACACUCUUGGACAGAUUUCAAAAGUAUCUUCAUCAUCGUGUUUGUAUCCUUUGUCGUCAAAUUCGCCCUCACGACACUCCCUGCCUUGUUGUUCCGUAUGCCCGCAAAUGACUGCCUUGCUCUGUCUCUUAUUAUGUCCUUUAAAGGCAUCUUCGAGUUCGGCGCUUAUGCGUUUGGGUUCCAAAGAGGAUCUAUUCGGCCUGUGACCUUCACCAUCUUAUCUCUUUACAUCUUGUUGAACUCUGCAAUCAUACCUCCGAUCUUGAGACGUAUAUACGAUCCUUCGAGGAUGUAUGCAGGAUACGAGAAGCGGAACAUGCUUCACAUGAAACCAAACUCCGAGUUGAGGGUUCUGUCGUGUAUCUACAGAACCGACGACAUUCAUCCCAUGAUCAAUCUCCUUGAAGCUACUUGUCCUUCAAGAGAAAGUCCUGUAGCUACUUACGUCCUUCACUUGAUGGAGCUCAUAGGACGAGCUUCUCCGGUUUUCAUCUCUCACCGUUUGCAAACAAGAAAAAGCGAGGACACUUCUUAUAACUCCGAGAGCGUCAUUGCCUCCUUUGAUCAGUUCCACAAAGAUUUCUUCGGCUCUGUUUUCGUCAGCACUUACACGGCUAUAUCUGUUCCCAAGACGAUGCAUGGAGACAUAUGUAUGCUCGCUUUGAACAACACAACGUCUCUCAUCAUCCUUCCUUUUCACCAGACUUGGUCUGCUGAUGGAUCUGCCAUUGUUUCCGACAGUAUCAUGAUCCGGAAACUGAACAAGAGCGUCCUCGAGCUCUCUCCUUGCUCUGUCGGAAUCUUCAUCUACCGGAGCAACAAUGGCAGGAGAACGAUCCGAGAGACGGCUGCAAACUUCUCAUCUUACCAAGUAUGCAUGCUUUUCCUUGGAGGUAAAGACGAUAGAGAAGCCUUAACACUCGCCAAGCGAAUGGCUCGUAACGCACGGAUAAAGAUCACAGUGGUUUGUCUGGUCUCUUCUGAACAAAGAGCCAAACAAGUAACUGAUUGGGAUCGAAUGCUCGAUUUAGAACUGCUCAGAGACGUGAAGAGCAAUGUUCUUGAAGGUGUCAGCAUUAUCUACUCCGAGCAAGUAGUGGAUGACGCCUCACAAAUAUCAACACUGUUAAAAUCGAUUGCAAAUGAAUAUGAUCUGUUCAUCGUCGGAAGAGAGAAAGGAAGGAAGAGUGUUUUCACGGAAGGGCUUGAGGAAUGGAGUGAGUUCGAAGAACUUGGCGUGGUUGGAGAUCUCUUGGCUUCACAAGAUCUUAAAUGCCAAGCUUCGGUGUUGGUGAUUCAGCAGCAACAGCAGAUGAUUUAGGGUUUUAAAUAUACAACCAUGAUAAAUUCAACGCUUAGAAAUAACGUUGCCUUCAUAUACAAGUAAUGAUUACAAUAUUUUUGAUUAGUGUAUAUAUUUCAUACAAGUUUA